CAGCCUGGACCCUUUCAGGAUUUCUCCGUGUAUCCAUGGCUGUCUUGGAGCUUGCUCGUAGAUCAGGUUGGGAUAAAACACAGAGCUCUGCCUGCCUCUGCCUCCCUAGUUCUGGGAGUAAGGAGUGCACUGCACUACGCCUCUGCCCAUAACCAUCCAAAUGUGGUAACACUGCUGUCAUCCAAUGACUGUACCAAUAUUAAUUUGAAAGAUGAUGAAGGCUGCACACCCUUAAUUAAGGCCACACAGCGGGACAAUAUAGAGUGCGUCUCUAUACUACUGAGGCACGGUGCUGAUCCCCACAUUGUAGAUGCCAAUGGGGAUGCUGCCCUCCACCACGCAAUUUGCAGAGGGAACGUAAACAUCGUCAGCAAACUUCUAGAGUACAAUGUAGAUAUUAAAGCCAAAACAGCGUAUGGUUUGACACCAUAUCAACUGGCUUUAUUUGAAAAUCAGCAUGCAAUGGUGGAAUUUUUAAUUAAGAAAGGUGUCAAUCCAGAUUCAGAACUUACACCAAAUAGUGGAGGAGCAGCUGCAGUGGAAUCAGAACAAUCAAAGAGAAAGUGUGUCACCUUCAACAAAGAAGAAAAUUUCAGCACUGACAUAAUGCCUUCUUGCAGUGCUGUAAGACCACCAAGACAGCUAAAAUCCGUAUUGAAGGAGUCUUUCCGGAUCAAUAGAGCUAGUCGAAGACUUAAGGACCAGAUCUCAAUCAGUGAAGGAACAAUGACAAGAGAGCCAGAGCAGAGGAAGAAAAAGUGUGUCACCUUCAACAAUGAAGUACAUUACAAUACUGAUCAGAAGCCUUUUUGCAGCAGAGUACGACCACCUGGAGAGCUGAAGUCAAUACUUAAGAAGUCUAUUCAGAUCAGUGGAGAUAAUGGAAGAAAUAAAGACCAGCUCUCUCUCUGGCUCUCUGAAAACCCACAUGUUCCAGCCUCUACUACAGAGGACAAGGCCGGCACCUCUGUUGUUAAGAUCAUACAGAAAAAAUUUCUGUAUUCCAAGAAGAUGGCUGCAAUGAAGCAGAGGGACCAAGCGGAACUCUGUCAAUCAGUGAAGGACAUCCGUUUUCUGAGGCACUUUCUGAGUACUGAGGCACUGCCUGAGUACCCCAGAAAAAAAACAUGCUUGCUGGUUGAAAACAAAAAGGGAGAAGAUUUCCUCCCUCCACCUUAUAUGCAUGACAUCGUGCCCCAGCCUCCUGCCCAUGCCGAUGCUACAUCAACUUGUCAUGUGAGCAACAGAGGUGACAGUCUCCAUGCCUCUGAGGAAACUACUGUCAACACCACCACCGCGGAUCCCACACCUUCUUUAGGUGAUGUGUUGAACCCUACUCAGAACUGUAAUAUGCGGGUUCUUGCUUCAAGUCCCCCUGAGCAUACCCGCUAUGCAGUAAAUACUCCCUCCACGAUUUUUCUCAUUUGGGCAAUCUUCACAUCAUUGCUCCUCCUAACAACAUUAAUAUGGGUGGUGAAGUUUGUGACUUUGGAGAUGCCGUGGGUAAUGGACCUAAUUUAGCAAUCCUGCACAGUUAAUGUUACAAGGAGCUUAACAAGUUUCUGCUGACGCACCAAUGAGGAGCUACUGUCAUCAACUGACAAUCUGUCAGAACUAUUUUUUGAGGUUUUCUUUCAUUUUAUUGUUUUAAGAAUAUUUUCAGUUUACUCUUUGACAUUUUAAUGUAUGUAAUUCAGUUCAUCCAUGUUGCUCAUGUCUUCCCCAUCUCUGUCCUCUGCCUCCAUCCCAUCCCCUAACUUGUCCUCAUGCCAUUUUUAUGUCAUUUAUCUUAAGGAGUAUGACUUCCAGUAGGAUCUCCCACAGCCAAGUGCAUGUGGACAUUAUCAGUUGGACUAAGUGAGUCAUUAAAAAAGGGAGGGAGAGCUACUGCACAGAUGCAGAAGCUUUGGGUCUGGCCUCAGCAUAGCUGCCCUGCUUGUGGGAAGCACAAUGGCUCCGCUCAUGGAUCCUCUCCUGCACCUGAGUCGACUCGCGGUGAAGCCCCAAACCUUCUCCUCAUUCCUGCUGGCGACCCUUCCAAGCACCAGACCCUGCUUCUCUGGGGCCACCCCCUGCCGCACCUGCAGCCCUCGCUGGGUUCAAGACCAAGGGUGUCCUCAAGAAGGGCUGCCAGGACUGCUACAUAGUGAAGAGGCAUGGGCGCUGGUUCAUUCUCUGCAAGACCAACCCCAGGCAUAAGCAGAGGCAAAUGUGAGGGGAGAUGU